UUGAACCUAAUAGGCCUAGUGCAUUUUCCUCUUCUUUUUCAUUAAUGGGGAAUUGCCAAGCCAUUGAUAAAGCAACACUAGUGAUACAACACCAAAGUGGGAAAAUAGAAAGGUUUUAUUCUUCUGUUAGUGCCACUCAUGUUAUGAAAACAAACCCUGGUCAUUAUGUUGCCCUCGUUGUCUCCACCACCUUGUGUGCAACAACAAGUAGCAACAACAACAACAACAAAAACGUUAACAAUAAUAAUAACAACCAAAUUCGUGUAACUUGCAUCAAGCUUCUCAAGCCCACAGAUACACUCCUUCUUGGCCAUGUUUAUAGGCUUGUUACUACUCAAGAGGUUAUGAAGGGGCUAAGAGAAAGGAAGCACACAAAGAAGAAAAACAAGUUAGAAUCAGCCCAGAAACUAGGUUGUGUUAGGAAAAAGAAUAGGUUGGAAAUGGAGAAAGCAGCAAGAAUGUUUGACCCGGAAGACAUCCAGUUAUAUUUAUUCUUUUCAGGGUACAGAACCUAAAAUACAUGGAUCCAAGACAACAAUCUCAAGUAAUAAUAAUAAUGGUGGUGGUGCCAGUGCCACAGCUAAGACAAGAUUUUGGCAACCCUCUUUACAAAGUAUUUCUGAAGUUGCCAGCUGAUAUGUGCUUUCCAUCUUGCCCCACAUACUUAGGUGUGAGGACAGUUGAGCAAUUUUUUUUUAAAGAAAGAGUUCAUCGCAAUAAAGUAAAGUUUAUUACAAGAGCUAAAAAUAACAACAGCCAGUUGAGCAAUUACUAUAAGGAGAAAAAAAAAA